AUGUCUUCGAUCGAAAAGCGUAGAAUUUUGAUGCUUCAUGGCUAUGGCCAAAGUGCAUAUCUCAUGAGUCGUUUGCUGGCUUCCACGAUCAAGGAGUGCGCCAACGAUAACAUCGAAUUCUUGUUCUUGGACGCACCAUGGGUGAUGACACCCGCAGACCCAAGCGGCGCUGUCGCAGCCGCGAACUCUGGGAUUUCUGCCCCAGUCUGUACGACACCAACAGCUUCCCCCCAAGGGCCAGGUACCCCCCGACGUUGGUUUACUAUUCAUAACUUCGGAGGGAACACUAUGCCAGGCAUAGAGACUUCUCUCGACCUGCUUCGUGAGACCCUACAAAAUAACAGAUUCGAGGCUAUCUUUGGGUUUAGGUCACUGAGCCAGGCUUCUUUGUUUAGCCAGGGAGCAGCGAUGGCCGAGCUGAUCGCAGCUAUGUUGGAACGACCGCAUCUCUAUCCGACAUUCUGUCCCAAUGGUGUUGCGCCUCACCCACCCUUGAAAUAUAUCGUUACGAUUGCGGGAUUCCUGCUCCGAGGGCCCUUGGCUUCAUGGGGGGGGCGUUCGAAGAAUGCGUUCCACCUGGAAACCGGCGCUUUCUGUCUGAGGACGCCCGUUCUUCAUGUUUUGGGCGAGGUCGACCUCGUUGUUCCCCGCGAGAGAGCGAACAUUUUUAUGGGUUUCCACGAAUCGAAGAGGGUCGAGCAGCACGUUGGUGGUCACUUCAUACCGACGCGACCCAAGUGGCGAAAGUUCUUUGUUGGGUUCCUCCGUGAUCCAUUUGGCGAAAUCGUAUCCCCUACGCUUGUCAAGGAAAGUGUUACCAUUGCACCGCCGCCUUCGGCUCAGAUACCGGAGACGAGGUAUCGCAUGGGGCAGAGCCUUCCACGAGGAUAUGAAUCGGAGGAAGAAGAACGAAGAUCCGGCGCGUCUACACCCGAUUCCGAGCCGCCUCAAACGCCUACCUUCGAGCCGACCCUGUUACCCCUGCCCUCCGCCAAGGAGGACGCACGCAUGUGGGAUGUGUAUACCGGACUGGUGUACCAAGGAUAG